GAUGCUGGACUACUUGAGUUCUAUGGAUGAAUCUGGGGGCAAGAAUAUAGAGUUCCCACUUAUUAGCUUUGAAAAAAUUGUCGCAGCAACAGAUAAUUUCUCUAACAGCAAUAUGCUUGGGCAAGGAGGUUUUGGCAAAGUAUACAAGGGAAUGUUGGAAGGCACUAAGGAAGUAGCCGUCAAGAGACUUAGCAAGGGUUCUGGGCAAGGGACAGAGGAGUUCAGAAAUGAAGUAGUCUUGAUUGCAAAGUUGCAGCACAAGAACCUAGUUAAGCUUAUCGGUUGUUGUAUUCAUGAAGAUGAGAAGCAGUUAGUUUACGAGUACUUGCCCAACAAAAGCUUGGAUUACUUCCUCUUUGACGCAGCAAGAAAAUCAGUGCUUCAGUGGCCGACAAGGUUCAAGGUUAUCCAGGGGGUCGCUAGAGGAAUUAUGUAUCUCCAUCAGGACUCAAGAUUAACUAUAAUUCAUAGAGAUCUGAAAGCAAGCAACAUCUUGUUAGAUAAGGAGAUGAGCCCAAAGAUCUCAGAUUUUGGCAUGGCCAGGAUAUUCUGUGGUGACCAGCUCCAAGCAAAUACUAACCGAGUUGUAGGAACAUAUGGUUACAUGUCUCCUGAAUAUGCAAUGGAAGCAGCCUUUUCAGUCAAGUCUGACACCUACAGCUUUGGUGUUCUAAUGUUGGAGAUUAUAAGUGGUCUAAAGAUCAGCUCGCCAUAUCUUAUCAAGGAUUUUCCUAACCUUAUAGUAUAUGUAAGUACUGGGAAUGCUCAGAAUUCAGAACUACAACUAUCCACAGGAAUAAAAAUGAGUUACUGUGAAAUUGUGUCAUGGUUCAGGCAUGGAACUACUGGAAAGAUGGAAAAAUAG